AUGAUAUCAGAUUCAUUGAUAAAUAUCGAAAAUCUCGUUAUAACUACAUUUGAAAAUGCAUUAAAAAAUGGUGAUAUUAUUUUUCAAGGAUUUCAAAUAACCGAACAGUUCAUUGAUGGAUGUUCAUAUCAAAUCAGAUAUGUUCCUGGUUUAGAAAAAAAACCUGUAAGAGAUGAUGUAGAGAAAAUCGGUAAAGAUUUUCUUUCUCCUCCAUAUGGAAAUCUUCAUGUAUGUGAUAUAUCAAAUUAUGGAUUAAAUCAAACAACAUAUGUUGUUUUAUUGAAUAAAUAUCCUUUAACAAAAAAUCAUUUUCUUCUCUUACCACAUGAUUUUGCAAAACAAUCUGAUGUUUUAUCAUCUGAUGAUUUAACACUAAUUUAUGAAAUUCUUCAGAAUCAUAAAACAACAAAACUGAUUGCAUUUUUUAAUUGUGGUGAAGAAUCAGGUGCAAGUCAAAAACAUAAACAUAUUCAAUUUUAUCCAGUUGAAGACAAUGAACCUCCCAUUGAUACUUAUCUUCAAGAUGAAAAUCAAUAUGAACAAGCGAAUCAACUUAGACAAGUUCCAUGGGCUCAUUUUGUUAUAUCUCUUCUUCAUAUACCUGAACAAUUAGAUCAACUUGGAAAUUAUCUUAUGAAUAAAUUUAUUCAACUUUUAGAUAAAAUGUUUCAUUUUAAACAAGGAAAACAUUUCGAUGGAGCAAAAUCUUCUUAUAAUGUUCUUAUUACAAAGAAAUGUAUUCAUUUAAUACCAAGAUCAAAAGAAAUAUUUUUAUUAUCAAAUCAUUCAAGAAAAUCAGUUGGUGGAACUGAUUAUGCUGGGAUUAUGAAUAUUAAAGAAGAAAAUGAUAUAAAUACAAUUCUAAAUAUUGGUUUUACAAAUAUUCUUCUAGAUGUUGGACGAAAAAAAGAUUAA